GAAAUGAGGUUUCCGUGGAGACAGCGGAGCCUGCGGAAGACGGCAGCGGCUGUACCUUGGAUCCGACGCCGAGGCAGGGCAUAGCUACGCCGAUGGCCCUGUGAAAGCAAAGCGGCCGCGGGGUCCGCCAUGCGCCGGCGGCCCUGACAUGGGUGCCAGCGGCUCCAAAGCUCGGGGCCUGUGGCCCUUCUCCUCGGGAACAGGGGGCGGUGGCCCGGAGGCGGCAGCUGCUGAGCAAGCUUUGGUGCGUCCGCGAGGCCGAGUCGUGCCCCCCUUCGUAUUCACGCGCCGCGGCUCCAUGUUCUAUGACGAGGAUGGAGAUCUGGCUCAUGAGUUCUAUGAGGAGACAAUCGUCACCAAGAAUGGGCAGAAGCGGGCCAAGCUGAGGCGGGUGCAUAAGAACCUGAUUCCUCAGGGCAUCGUGAAGCUGGACCCUCCCCGUAUCCACGUGGAUUUCCCUGUGAUCCUCUAUGAGGUCUGAGCCUGGGGGGCUGCAGGCCUAAGCGCCUCCUGCCUCGGCGAGAAACCCUCAGGCUCAGGGUGUAGCUUCCAUUGAGGCACCUAGGCUGAAGCCGCAAUCCUGAAUAAACUCCGUAGGCCUGGAGUUCAGCUGUGAGCAGGGCAGUUCUGCAAUGUUGGCUGGGUGCUGGUUUGCGGACAAGAGGUGGCUGGUGGCUGGUGAGGGCUAAUGACAGAGUCACCGGCCCACCUUCCCCAGCAGUCCCGAUGAGGCACAUGGCAGGGCAUACGCUGAUCCGGAACGCCUGGCUCCUGGGCCCUUGCCGGGCCGGCUUUCUUCCAAGUUCGCCCAGGGCCCAGCCCGGUUAGGGGCUACAGCACUUUACAAGGUCUGCCUUCUUCCAGCCCCUGGGCUGCGGGAGCUGUACACAAGUGGGAACUCCCUCUCCCUCACUUCCUUGACCCCUUCGUUGGAGCUUUUCGGCCGUUUGCUACCUCGAUGCCUCCUCUGUUGGACAGAGGUUGGGGGCAACGCAAGCCUGAUUCUUCCUACCUACCUGCCCCUGUGUUCCCACCCCGGGAUGGACGGACGGACAGUCCGCUGGCCGUUGACAGGAGGAGGAGGGACUGGUAUGGGAGGCGUCUCCCUCUGCCCCUGACCGGGCCGAUCCCACUGCAACGAGUUGUCCUGUGAAGUCCCCGUGAGGUUGUGCUUCCCUCCUCCCCCCGUUGAGAGGGCACAGGAUGGGAUCGGGAAGGGCCAUGGACACCCCUGCCUGCCCAGCUGCUCCAUCCAGUCUCCCUUUUGCACCAGCCACCCCCUGCCCGCCCCCCCCCCACAGAUUGAGAGGACACCAUCCACCACCCUGCUGCAAAGGACAGCACCCUAGGGCAGGUCCGGUCGCUCUGAGCCCACUACCCCCUCCCCUGCAGUGUGUCUGUGCCCUCGGGAUCAGACAGGAGGAAGGACUGGAGCCCCUGGGUGGGGACAUGGGAGAGAACAACCAUAAAAAGGAACUUAAAAUGUGAAAGUUUGUAAAUAGUCUAGUGCGUGAUGCUGUCGGGGCAGAGUCUGAUUUCUACGCAGAAAUGACUUUUUUUUUCAUUGUUUAAUUCCUUACUGUGCAAGCUCUGUGCUUCAAGACUGUGGGAAAUGGUGUGGGGGGAGGGUGGCCCCCAAUCUAGGAAGGCUGUUAUGUUAUUUGUUCAGUUUCAAUAAAAUUAUUUGUAGACCCUGCA